AUGGACGGUGGGUGUCCCAAACUACACAUAAUGUUUUUCCCCUACCUUGCUCAUGGCCACAUGAUACCAACGGCUGAUAUGGCCAGACAAUUUAUCGCAAGAGGGGUGAGGGCAACCAUAGUGACCACCCCACUGAACGCACCUACUAUUUCUAGGACAAUAGGCAAAGACAAAGACAUAAUAAAUAUCCGAACCAUCAAAUUCCCAUGUGCAGAGGUGGGUUUACCAGAGGGAUGCGAAAAUGCAGAGUUAAUCCCCUCCCCAUCUAUGGUUCCUAUAUUCAUCAAGGCAACCGCAAAGCUACAAGGGCCCUUGGAGCAGCUUCUCCACCACGACAACCCAGAUUGCCUUAUUGCCAGUGCUUUCUUCCCGUGGGCAAAUGAUUCCGCUGCUAAAUUCAAAAUCCCAAGGCUUGUGUUUCAUGGGACCGGUGUCUUCGCAUUGUGCGCUUCAGAAUGCGUGCGACUCUACGAGCCUCACAAGAAUGUUUCCUCUGAUUCAGAGCCUUUUGUGAUUCCUCAUCUUCCCGGAGAGAUAAAAAUGACGAGGAUGGUUUUGCCUGAUUACUUCAAGAGCGAUGGAGAAACUGAAUUGACAAGAGCGAUGGAGGCAGUUAAGGAAUCAGAGGUCACGAGCUUCGGGGUGGUUGUCAACAGCUUUUAUGAACUCGAGCAUGUCUACGCAGAUUAUUACAACAAGGUGCAGGGAAGGAAGGCUUGGUACAUAGGCCCUGUUUCUCUAUGCAGUAGGGACGGCGAAGAGAAAGGCAAGAGAGGAAAGCAAGCUUCAAUUGACGAAGGAGAGUGCUUGAAGUGGCUUCACUCCAAGAAACCCAAUACGGUGGUGUACGUUUGCUUUGGGAGUUUGGCAAACUUCGGUGAAGAUCAGCUAAAAGAAAUAGCAACGGGGCUUGAGGCUUCGGGGCAACAAUUCAUUUGGGUUGUGAGGGGAAGCGAAAGAGAGGAAUGGCUGCCGGAAGGGUUUGAGAGAAGAACGGAAGGAAGGGGAAUAAUUAUAAGGGGUUGGGCACCCCAAGUGUUGAUUCUGGACCAUGAAGCUGUUGGAGGAUUUGUGACGCACUGCGGAUGGAAUUCAACGCUAGAAGCAGUGUCCGCAGGGGUACCCAUGGUGACUUGGCCAGUGUCCGCAGAACAAUUUUACAAUGAAAAGCUUGUGACUGAGUUACUUAAAAUAGGGGUGCCUGUUGGUGUUAAAAAAUGGGCUAGAGUGGUGGGGGAUAGCAUAACCAGCAACGCGCUUGAGAAGGCACUGAAUCGUAUAAUGGUAGGGGAAGAAGCAGAGGCUAUGAGAAACAGAGCGCACAAACUUGCGCAAAUGGCAACCACUGCUGUGAAAGAGGAAGGAACAUCUUACUCUCACUUGACUGAUUUGAUACAAGACCUGCGCUCUUAUUCCAUGCGUUAA